AUGCAGUCGACUUGCCAACAGCAGCAGGCGCAGCCAGGUCAGAAUGGAACUUCUGCUAGUAGGACUUCGUUUUUGAUCGAGGACAUCUUGAGUCGUGGCACUGCUCCACCGCAUUCUCACCAUCAACUUCAUCAUCAGCAUCUGACGUCUAGUCAUGGGGUGCAGCAUCAACAGUAUCAGCAAUUCGCGAGUUUAUUACCUGGUUACCCUUCUGCACCGCCUACGGCCACCUUCUUCCUGGGACCACUUUUCGGUAACACCGCAAUUGGAGUGGUGCCUGGGGUUACUGAACUUGCUGCCUUGAAGCACUGCCGACGACGGAAGGCACGAACAGUGUUCAGUGAACAGCAAUUAGCGGGUUUGGAGGCCAGAUUUGAAGUGCAGAGGUACCUCAGCACGCCGGAAAGGGUCGAGCUUGCGGCGGCUCUUCACCUCUCGGAGACCCAAGUGAAAACGUGGUUUCAAAACCGGCGGAUGAAGCACAAGAAACAAUUGAUAAAAUUGAACAGAAGCGCGGGAAGCAACGGCAAUCAGAAUUCCAAUCAGCAAUGCACCGGUCAAUCCGUUUCCGUUACGUCACCAGCCGAACGACCAGUGGAUUUCUCUCUGAGCGGCGGCCGAGAAUCACGGGCGAGCAGCGACGCGCCGAUAGACUCCGACGACGACGAAAUCGACGUCCUGGGCGACGAGACGCCAUCGCCGUCGCGAACGGGUGACAUCCACGUUUCGAAGCGUGCCGGCUCACCGACGAGUUUCCAUCAGAUCACCUAUCGCCAUUCGGUUAGCUUGUCCCAUCCACCGCAACACAGGCAAACUAUUCAACGCCAACAUCGCUGA